AUGGCAAGUUCCAGUAACCCCAUUCCGACCAUUGCUGCACCUUCUGAUCAAUACCAAUUAGCCAAAGCUCAAGCUUUUUCACUUCCAAUGGAUGAAUUACAACGAUUGAGAGAUGAAUUUCAAAGUGAGAUAAACAGGCGUGCAAGUGAAGAGGCACAACGACUAAGAGAGGAGGAUGAGAAAAAAAGAAGGGAAGAAGAAGAAACUGAGUCACUCUAUUGUGCAUGGUUACCGCAUCAUUUCGCACGAGUUGAUCGGAAGGAGGAUGAGCAAUCAGAAAGGUAUCAGAAAGGUCUCAAGUAUGGUAGUGCGACUGAAAGUGACUCUGAGGGAGGAUCUGAUGCAGGAUUUGAGUACCCCUUAGAAGAGAUAAAUACCAGUGAGGAUGAUUAUGUUGCUGCUGAAGAUAAGAGAAAGAUGGAAAAAUAUCUUGAUUGGAAGUUACAAAGGCGUUUUGAGUUUGAGAGAGCCAAUCCCAAGAUAUUUGCCAGGACCAUGCAUGAAGGAGAACCCAGGGUUGAGAAGAGAUAUCCUGUGAUAAUUCACCCUCGAGUUGCUCAUUCCAUCAAUUCCAAUGAGGAACUUCCUGAAGCGUCCAGUGAUGAAGAAGAUGAUGAAAGUUCGUCAUUAGGAGAUAGUGAUACAUCCCCUGCUUCAUCGGGUAGCAGCUGCAGUGAACGAUAUGAAGAGGAUGAGGAAGACUGGAGUUACGAUGAUGAGGACUAUUAA